UCGCUGAUUUCGGUAUCUUAUCAUUCUACCACUUCUACUUCUACCUUAUAGUGCACAAGCUCAACGAGCUCUAUUGAGGGCUUCCUAUUCUUCCUUACAACACAAUUACUCUACCCUAGUACACUUUAUAACCGCAACAUCGGCCUACACGUCUGCAUUAUCAAGGGUCCGCAGAAAGAUUAUUACGGUCGAAUCAAGGACACGAACGGCAAUCUGGCGCGCGUAGAACUGACGGGCAACAAGAUUAUCUCCAUCGACAAGUUGAAGCUUGCGGUUAAGGAGGGGAACCAGAUGCAGGCGCUCGGCGACCGCAACCGCCCUCGGCGCACCAACAUGGGUCCCCCGAGCAACUUGUCGUCGCCAUCCGUCAGCCCGUGCACCUCUCAAACGCCUGGGACGCCGAUGCGGGGCAGCGCGAGCCGCACGCCAAACCCGUACAUAGACAAUGGCGGGAGGACACAAUGCGGGAGGACACAAUGCGGGAGGACACAAGGUGGAGUACGAAUUCGCGGACGCCGAAUCCGUACACAGCCAGCAGUUCAGAAGGACGGCGGGUAUCCGCAGGGAGGGCAACCCGCGUAUGUACCAGAGCGGGAGCGGCAGCAGGACGCCGGCGUGGAGUACGAACUCGAAGACCCCGAAUCCGUAUGCGAACGACGGUGGUCGGACUCCGGGGUGGCAGGGUACUAAUAAGGAAAGUAAGGUGAAGGCGAUGUGAAGGCGAGUUUUGAUGGAGGCGCCGAAUUCGGCACCUCGACCUCACCUCGGCCUUGCCUUCCGGCAACACUAACUGCUGUUGUCAAUGUCCACGUGGACGAC